ACACACACACUCACACUCACACACACACUCACACUCACACUCUCUCUCUCUCUCACACACACACGUCACUGCUUUUUACUCAUAGAGUUUCUUGAUUACCCUGUGUAAUUGUAGGUAUGUUUAUAUUUAGGUAAUAACUGUAACAUGUUUAUUCAGGGGCUACUACUUGUAUUUUAAGCUCCUAGUUUGGUGUCAGUGUCAGUUGAGAGUGUCAGCUAUAAGGAAAUACGAGAGAGAGAGAGAGAGAGAGAGAGAGAGAGAGAGAGAGAGGUGUAAAGUAACAGGAAACAUGAAGAAUCUAUGCGAGAUUUACAUGUAGUUGCUGAGAACUGCCGAGCAACUGCUGAGCUGCUGAGAACUGUUUUGUUGUCCGGUCUGUUUACAAGACAUAUGCGAACUUUUCUAGACUUUUUUCAAUCCCUUUUCUUCUGGAUUUGGCGUGGAUCGUAAGCGGCUGCAGUGCCCCCCAUUAACGAAUGAAAAGCUUCAAAAGAUACGUCCAACAGAGAAGAACUUUGCUGAUCUUCUUAUUGUCACUACUGGCAUUUUGGCGUCUGAUCAGAUAUGCCAACAAUUUAUUAAACAACACCAACGAUGUUACAGUCAUCAAAUCCAUACAAGCCAACACAAGGUUAAAAGAUAACCGGUGGCAUAUUACUAAGAAACAUGGAAUCAACUGUCAGGAUAUUUACGACAUGGACCCUGUUGCUUUGGGCAAGUCUUUGGAAAUCAGACGGAAACCCUCUCCGACUCCAAGUGACGAAACCAUUGUGAACGCAACUUUGGACUGUGGAGAGUUCUUGGCAUCAACGGGGUACAAUGAUGUCCAGAUCUCUGAGCAGGAGCGUCAUUUUCCAAUCGCUUUCUCUCUGGUGGUGCACAAAGAAGCACACAUGGUCGAGAGGAUCCUGCGUGCAAUUUAUGCACCAAGCAACAUCUAUUGCAUCCACUAUGACCUGAAAUCUUCAUCCGCUUUCAAAGAAGCUGUAAAUGGCCUGGCGCGCUGCAUUCCCAAUGUCUUUGUGUCUUCGCGGUUAGAGACAGUGCAUUACGGGGGUAUCUCACGCCUCCGUGCUGAUCUCAACUGCCUCUCUGAUCUUCUGAACUCCGAUGUACGCUGGAAAUAUGCCAUCAACCUCUGUGGCCAGGAUUUCCCACUCCGAACCAAUGCUGAGCUCGUAUCUGAUUUCAAGGCCCUUAAUGGAAUGAACAUGCUUGAGACAGUCCGUCCCAGUGAAUACAAAAAGCAGCGCUACACCUUCCAGUUUAAGCUCAAAGAUGAAAAAUCACCGUUAAACACUGUUCUGGUAAAUACAGGUGAGAAGAAAAAGCCUCCACCUCAUAACAUUGAGAUAUUUGUGGGCAGUGCUUACUUCGUUCUCUCGAGAGACUUUGUAAACUUUGUGUACUGGAGUCCUCUGGUAAAAGACUUUCUUGCUUGGUCUGAGGACACAUAUUCACCUGAUGAACAUUUUUGGGCCACCUUGAGUCGUGUGCCUGGAGUCCCUGGUGAAAUCAAAAGGUUUGAGCCCGACAUUAUAGACUUGAUGAGCAAAACACGUCUGGUCAAGUGGCAAUAUCUGGAGGGAAGCCUUUAUCCAGCCUGCACAGGGGUACAUGUACGCAGCGUGUGCAUUUAUGGUGCUGCCGAGCUCCGGUGGCUCCUUAACGACGGACACUGGUUUGCCAAUAAGUUUGAUCUUCAGGUAGAUCCUGUGGUCAUCGAAUGUCUUGAAUGGAACUUGACUAGAAAACAGGAGACAGAAAACAGUGUUUUCCAAAAAACAUAAUAAUAACUCAUUUUCUGUGAAUAAACAGUAUUUGUACUGACUGGUUCUACUGGACAGAUUUUUUUUUAAAAGGGGGGGGGGGGGAUUUGGUUCAAGAUGUAUUUAUUUAUUUAUUCCAGGAUUUUUACGUUUUCAUGAAUUUGUUAGAAGUGUUGCUGUGUCAUGACACUGCUGUGCAAUGAAGGGAUUUUAGACUGUUUUUAUGCGUUCAGUUUAUUACAUGUAUAUAUUAUCAAAUUAGUUUUGAAGCAAUAAAGCCUAUGGGAACAUAGUGACACAUUUAAAGUAAUGUAAGUCUGAGUAUAGUGCAAAUUUGACAUCAAGUCUAUGCAAACUUAGCAAUGUGUAAUUUUAUACUCUGACACAGGUGUGAAAAAAUGCUGUAAAGGAGGAAUGCUUUCAAAAACACUAUUGUUCUCUUUUUUAUCAAUUAACAAUUGUUCAGAUCAGGACUGAAGGUAGUUGUCAAUGACAUUGGCUGUAUGUUUGGGGACGUUGUCUUGCUGCAGAAAAAAAUCGGACCACUCAGACACCUCCCUGAUGGUUCUGCAUGAUGGAUAAGUACCUGCCUAUAUUUCUCAGCAUUGACAACAUUAUUAGUGAAAAAAUCUCCAACUCCAACUGUGGAAAUGAAGCCCCAAACCUCCACCAUGCUUGACUUCUGCUUGAAAAUACUCAUUAUACUCAUUAAUGUACUGUUCUUCAGCCCUUUGAAUAAUAAAAAUCUAUAUAAACAGAUUUCCACUUUAAGGCAUUAAGAACGCAUUGUACUGUGUCGGCAAAUAAAUGAAUGUUGCCAGUGAACAUAUACUGCAAAAAUGACUAAAUAAACUGUGAGCUGUUGAUUAUA